AUGUCCAAAUCCAACUUCUCAAAAACCUCCCAUUUCCCAUCUCUCCUUCUCCAAGACAUCCUCUCCUUAUUCUCUUUCAUACACUCCCACCCUCUUUACUUCGCAUAUCUCAUCUUCUUCUUCCCUUACAUCCUCCAUCUCCUCUCCUUUCUCUACCCUCUCCUCCUCUCCACCUCUCUACUUCUACUCUCUCUCCUCACCAUCUCCCCCCAUCUUGACACUCCCCCACGAUGUGGGUUCCUCAUAAACACAUGCCAGGCAAUCCUCAAUGUCUUUAGGACAAAGCUUGACGGCGAUGAUGACACCUCCGAGUUAGGCCUCUUCGAGCCCCUGGCAUCAAUGGCCUCGGAGCUCGAAGCCUGCAUGGGGCCCCAUGCAGUGCCUGAGCUUGAAGCCCUCAUGGGGCCCCAUGCAGGAAGUGAGAACUCCCCAAGAAGUGAAGAGUUAGUUGAACGUUACUUGAGAGAAGACCCAACCAAGAUUGUCAUCGGCCUAGAUAGUAGAGAGAAUUUUACAGUGCCGGCGGGUCUUGAUUCUGGGAGAUUUGGGUCGAUGAGAAGAGAGAAAGAAUGGAAGAGGACAUUGGCAUGCAAGCUUUAUGAAGAGAGACAGACCGUGGACGGCAUUGAAGGUAUGGAUUCUCUCUGGGAGGUUCAUGAGGUGGAUUCUGGCAAGAUCAAGGUGAAGAACAAGAACGAGAAGAAGAAGGGGAGGAGAAAAGGUGAAGUGGAAGAGGAGGAGGAAGAUGAAGACAUUGAUGGGCAGCUGUGCUGCUUGCAAGCUCUGAGGUUUUCAACUGGGAAGAUGAAUUUAGGAAUGGGGAGGUUGAAUUCAAUGAGGAUUUCCAAGGCAUUUAAAGGAAUUGGGUUGUUUGUGAGGAGAGAAAGGAAAAUUCCUUAG